AAAAACUUCUUACUAGAAAUACUUUCAGAAUGGAAACUAAUGGGAUGAGCGAGUUAGAUAAACAAAUGGCAGAACUUGGAAUUCUUGAGAAGGAAAUCAUGGGCGACCAAGAGGAAAGUGAGAGUGAUGUUGAAGAGGAAGAAUCUGAAGAAGAGGAUGAUAAGAACAAACUAAUUUUCAGGUCCCAGUCCGAUGUCAGGAAUUGGCUACGGAAACACGGCAAGAGCCAGUAUAUAGACUUUGAGGAUGACCAGAAAAAGAAACUUUGGGAGUACUUCAAGUCGCUCGAUGGUGAUGGCUCUGAGUCUAUCGGUGUGGAAGAGCUAGAGGACCCCCUCAUUGCUCUUGGCCUAGUCAACGAUCGCCAGCAGGUAGAAGAUAUCAUCAGGAAGGUCGACGAUGAUGAUACAGGAGAAAUUGAGUUCGAAGAGUUCCUCAAAAUUAUUUCGUUAGGGAGACGAAGAUCCGGAGGAGAGGAAAUUGAACAGUUCCAAACAAAAAAGGACAAAGAGGUAGCUAAUAAUGACUGCAUCGAUGCGAUUGUAAAUUGCUUCAGAGAUCUCACAGAUGGGAAAUAUAAAAAGAAUGAUCUAGAAAUCCCUUUUCAAUUAUUUAUUUCUGACUACCGUAGAAAACAACUGCUGAAUGCAAUGAUGAGCAAAGAUAAGAACGAGAAGAAGGUGGGAGAAGGAAUUAUGAAUUGAUUCAAGAACCAACUUACUCAAUCAAAAACUAGGAAAAGACUGAGUGAGGUAGAAUUGAACAAGAUUGUACAAGAGUUAGGCCUUUUUACUUAAAUAU